AUGGUGUUGAUCGAGGUCUGCGUCGAUUCACUCGAGUCCGCCAUCCGUGCCUUCAGGGGAGGCGCAGAUCGCCUUGAACUCUGUGCCAACCUUGGCCUCGGCGGUGGGACCACCCCCAGCCUCGGGCUCUUCAACGCGGUUCACCGCGCGCUGCCUGCCAUACCGAUCAUGGUGAUGAUCCGACCCCGCGUCGGCGACUUUUGCUACUCGAGCCUCGAGUUCGACGUGAUGAUCGAGGACAUCAAGCUCUUUCGCAAAGCAGGCGCGACGGGCGUCGUCGCCGGCGUGCUCGCCAAGGACGGAGCGAUUGAUGUCGCGAGGAUGAGGACUCUCACUGCGCAGGCUGGGCCCGGUUUGCACUCCCUUCAGGCCGUGCAGCAGAUCCCAGGCAUAACUCGCAUCCUGACGAGCGGCCACGGCCUCGUCGCUCCUUCCGAGCCCCAUGCACUCUCCUCCUUGCUCGCGUUCGCGUCCACCAUGACCAUCCUCCCGGGAUCCGGCAUCAACGCCGUCACGGUCGGCCCGCUCCUCGACGCGCUACUCCCCUACGGGUUGCGCGAGAUCCACUUGAGCGGCGGCGGCUGGGUCGACAACGGCACGGAGAACAGGAAGCCUGGCUUCGGGAUGGGCAUCGGCGAGAGCGAGUGGGGCGUGUGGAAGACGGACGAGGAGAAGGUGCGGGCGGUGAAGCGCAUCGUGGAGGAGAAAGUGAAGGAGUUUGAGAGCCGCGGGCCGGGCCCGAUGGCGAUGUAG